GCAGACGCAGACUUUGUACGCGUCGAACCUUCUUUGCUUGUUUACCUUUGGCCGACAUCUACUGCUGCCUGUUCUGCCCUGGACUGUUCUUGUUCACGGCUUGUUGUAUUGUUGUAUUAGUAGCAGACACCUGCAACUUACUGUUGUCUGCAGCAGACUAGGCUACUGCUUGGCUAACUCACCCAGUCUGAUCUACUUCUACCCCUGCUGCACUCACAUCUGCACAGCUAGCAAGAACCAAACAUGCCCCCUCCCACCCCAGCCUGGGUCGCGACCCAGAACAAAGCCUUCCUGCGCUGGACAAACUCCCAUCUCGAGUCGCACUCUCUCCCCCCCGUGCUCUCUCUCGAGCACGACCUCUGCGACGGUGUCAAGCUCAUCCAGCUCCUCGAAAUCAUGGGCAACGAAAGUCUCGGCCGCUACGCCACGCGCCCCAAACUGCGCGUCCAGAAAGCCGAGAACGUGAUCAUCGCGCUCGAGUACAUCAAACGGCGGGGGAUUCAGCUUUAUAAUAUCGGAGCUGAGGAUAUCGUCGACGGGAACAUCAAGCUUAUUCUUGGACUGCUCUGGACACUUAUCCUCAACUUUUCCAUCUCGGAAAUCAAUGCCGAGGGACAUACCGCAAAAGAAGGUCUUCUACUAUGGUGCCAGCGUAAAACAGCAAUGUACCAGGACGUCGAGAUCAAUGAUUUCUCCUCAAGCUGGAACACCGGCCUCGCAUUCUGCGCCCUACUCGACCGCUACCGACCAGACCUAAUCGACUUCGGCAAACUCGACAAAAAAGACACAAAAGCUAACAUCGAACUCGCCCUCCGCCUCGCGUCCGAACAAGUCGGCAUCCCGCAACUCCUCGACGUCGAAGACGUACUGAUCCCCAAACCCGACGAGCGCUCGGUCAUGACCUACGUCGCGCACUGGUUCCACGCGUUUUCCGAGCUCGACAAGAUCGAGACCGCCGGCCGCCGCGUCGAGAAGUUCGUCGAAGUCAUGUCGUCGAGCAUCGACCUGCAGCACUCGUACGAGCAGCGCAUUCGCUCGCUUCUCGACACGAUCGCGGCGCAGGUGCGCGCGUGGGAGAGCGCGAGGUUUGAGGGAACGUACGCCGACGCGAAGAUGCAGAACGUGGAGUUUUUGACGUAUAAAAAGUGCACGAAGCGGUCGUGGAUCGCGGAAAAGACAGAAGUGACGUCGAUGCUGGGAAACAUCAAGACCAAGCUCGCGACGUACGGUCUCAGGGAUUAUAGUCCGCCGAAGGGCUUGAGACUUUCUGACCUCGACGCGGCGUGGAAGUUGCUGCUGAAAGCGGAAGCGGUGCGGUCGAAGAAGAUCAACGAGGCCAUCAGGGACAUCAAGGAGAGCCUACGGAAGCAAUUCGCGGAAACGGCAAACUCAAUCUCAGAGAAACUCGAGGCGGUCUCGGUCGAGCUUAUCGAGCUCGACGGCGAGCUCGAGGCGCAGCAGGCGCUGGCGCGGCAGAUCGAGGCCAAGCUGAAGCCCGCGGAGGAAAUGCUGCGGUCGCUCAAGACUCUGACCGACAGUCUCGAAGAAGCCAAGGUCGAGGAGAACGACUACACGGUGUACUCGUACGACGAGCUCGAGUACGAGCUGCAGCUUGCGCGGGAGGCGAUCAACAAGAAGCUCGCGUUUAUCGACAACCAGAUCGUAGCGCGGAGCAUGACGAACCUGACGCCGAUCCAGCUCGAGGAGUUUGAGUCUGUGUUUCGGUACUUUGACAAGCGUCAGCAAAACAUGCUCGAGCAAGUUGAAUUCGCGGCCGCGCUCGCGAGCCUGGGGCUCGUGUACUCUGAAGACGAGAUGCACGAUCUCUAUGACCAGGUGUGCGACUCGGACCCCGCGGUUUCGUUUGAGAAGUUUAUCAGGUUCAUGGUCGACGUUACCGAGGACCAGAACACAGCCGAGCAGGUGCUGCAGUCGUUCAUGGACGUGGCCGAGGGCAAGCCGUAUAUCACCGAGUUUGACCUGCGGAAUUCGUUGAUUCCGGACCCGAUGAUUGAGCAGUUGGAGGAGAUCAUGCCCAAGGCCGAGGGGGGCGAGGGCUUGGAUUAUGUUUUGUUUAUGGAAAAAUUGUGUCUCUAGCGCUGUAGACUGAGCUUAGAGUAGAGCUUAGCUUUUGAUUUCAUUUGGUCAUUUUUGUCAUUCAUUGGAUAUUGGGAACUGUAUAUACAAUACUACAAUAAAUAUAGCAUCAACUUUGGAAU